AUGCUGUAUUUUCCGCUGAAUCUCGCGUGUACAAUCAUCUGCGUUGCAGCGAUUUGCGGACUUCAGUCGUCGCGGAGUGGCGUUUGGUGUGAGCCAGGUAUCGACUGGCUUGUGUGGAAGCAGCAGCAUUGUUGUGAAGUUGUUGGGGAGAGGCGGUGUGAAGGGGUUGAGGGUGUGUGGCGUUAUAACGAUGUGUGCGGAGGUUUGUUGGAUUCUUGUGGC